UUCUGCCGCAACUACGCGCGUGUUCGGUUCAAAAACACAAGCUAUGGCCUGGCUGGUCACUACGCUGUGCCUGUUUCUACCCCUCCUGGGGCUUCUCUACCUCUAUGUGCGUCGUAAAUUUGCCUACUGGGCACACCGGAACGUUCCGUUCGUUCCCGGUGCUCUUCCGAUGGGAUCGUUCAACGGCAUGGGCACCACGAAACACUUUGUCGAUUUGCUGAAUCCGGUGUACGAACAGUAUCGGAAAACUCACUCGGCCGUCGGAAUGUUCCUCUGCGUCAAUCCGGUGCUACUAGCUAUCGACGUAGACUUAGUGAAGGCGAUUCUGGUGAAAGAUUUCAACAGUUUCCACGACCGGGGGAUGUUCUUCAACGAGCGGGAUGAUCCGCUGGCGUCGCACAUGUUCUCGAUUGAAGGCGAGAGGUGGCGGUUUUUAAGGAACAAGCUGAGUCCGACGUUUAGCUCCGGGAAGAUUAAGUACAUGUUCCUGACGGUGCGCGAGAUUGGGUUGGAGUUUGUGGCUAGUUUUGAUCGGUUUAUUGAGAGCAAGGAGCCCGUGGAGAUGGGUAUCCAGGCGCAGAAGUUCACGUGUGACGUCAUUGGUUCGUGUGCGUUCGGGUUGGAGUGCAACGCGUUGAAGGACGAGAGCACAGAGUUGUUGGACAUUGCCGACAGGGUGUUCAACCCACCACCGUUGGAGAUGAUCUAUAUGCUUCUGUUGAUCAGUUUCCGGGAGUGGGCUGUGAAGCUGCGGCUGAAGCAAACUCCUGCGGAUAUCGAGAGGUAUUUUGUGGGCAUCGUUCGGAAGACUGUGGAACAUCGCGAGAAGAAUAACAUCUCCCGUCCGGAUUUCCUGCAGCUGUUGAUGCAGUUGAAGAACAAGGGCACGAUCGAAGAGGAUGAGGAAGAUUCGAAGGAGACCAUCACCAUGAACGAUGUGAUUGCCCAGGCGUUCCUGUUUUUCUUCGGUGGAUUUGAAACAUCUUCCAAGGCGUUGUCGUUUGCAUUGUUUGAGUUGGCAUACAAUCAGGAGAUUCAGGAUAAAGCUCGGGAAGAAGUUCAACGGGUUCUUGCCAAACACGAAGGUAUGCUGACGUAUGAAGCCUUGAAGGAUAUGGUUUAUGUGGAGCAAAUCGUCCACGAAUCCCUUCGGAAGUACGCCCCUAUCGGAAACAUAGUUCGCGUAGCGAACGAACCCUAUGAAAUCAGUAAACCGGAUUUCACCCUCGAAAAGGGCACAAUGGUAAUGAUCCCGAUCCACUCGAUUCACCACGAUCCGGACAUCUACCCGGAGCCAUCCCGUUUCGAUCCGGAUCGGUUUACCCCGGAGGCCAUCAACGGACGGCCCUCGCACAGCUUUCUUCCAUUCGGGCACGGUCCACGGAACUGCAUAGGGAUGCGCUUCGCCCUGCUGGAGGUGAAAUUUGGAAUUGCCCAGCUGGUGAGCCAGUUGAGGUUCACGGUUAACGAGAAGACGCAACUUCCGCUGCAGUACGACCCUAAGGCGAAUGUGGCCACGGCUCUGGGGGGACUGUGGUUGGACGUUGAACGGAUCUAGUUCAAAGGAAAUUCGCAUGUCCUGAUAUUAAAGAAUGAUGGAAAAUAGUGGCUUGAACUUCACCGACAGUGUUAUGAACUUUUAAUGAUAUUUAUGAAUAUUAUGUAAGCACAAAGUAUUUGUCCAAAUUAUUACACAUAAAUAAUAAAGUGCCAUAUCAAUAAACUGCGGUUUUGAUCCUUUGAUAUUGUA